AUGAAGUGGCUCCCGGUGGUCCUGGCGUGCCUGCAGCUGGCGGAGGGCGCGGUCAGGAUCAGCCUGAAGAAAGGCCUGUCCAUCCGGGACAGGAUGAGGGCAGCCGGGCUGCUGGAUGAUUUCCUGAGGCGCCUCAGACACGAUCCGGUGAAGAAAUACCAGCCCGGGCCGGGCUGCUGUGUCCCUGAGCCCGUGGCCAGUGGAAAUUCCCUGUUUUUCUUUUUCCAGUCCUCCUAUUUUGGGGAGAUCAGCAUCGGGGAGCCCCCCCAAAAAUUUCUGGUGCUUUUUGACACCGGCUCCUCCAACCUGUGGGUGCCCUCCACGGACUGCAAGAGUCCUGCUUGCUUCAACCACGCCAAGUUCAAGCCGGGUGACUCGGCCACCUUCAGCCCCGGUGGCCGGUCCUGCACCGUGUCCUACGGCAGCGGCUCCGUCACCAUCGUGCUGGGCUGGGACACGCUGCGGAUCCAGAGCAUCACUGUCACGCAGCAGGAGCUGGGGCUCAGCCAGGACGAGCCCACCCAGCCCUUCUACUUCGCGGACUUCGAUGGCAUCCUGGGCAUGGCCUUCCCCUCGCUGGCCGUGGGGGGCACGGCCACGGCGCUGGGGGCCAUGCUGGAGCAGGAGCAGCUCGCUGAGCCCCUCUUCAGCUUCUACUUCUCGCGCCACCCCACCUACGAGUACGGGGGAGAGCUCAUCCUCGGGGGCAUCGACCCUGGGCUCUUCCAGGGGGACAUCACGUGGGCGCCGGUGACACAGAAGCUUUACUGGCAGGUGGCACUUGAGGAGUUUGCCAUCGGGCAGUCAGUGACCAGCUGGUGCAGCCAGGGCUGCCAGGCCAUCGUGGACACGGGGACGUUCCUGCUGACCGUGCCCCAGCAGUACCUGGAGAGCAUCCUGGAGGCCCUGGGAGCGCAGGAGACCAGCUAUGGGGUGAAUCCCGAGCAUUCCCGAGGCAUUCCCGGGAAGAGCCCGGAGCUCCGUGGCCGGCAGCCGUGCUGAGCCCCGGUUCUCCCCCCCCAGAGCAAUGGCUACUGCACCCUGGCCAUCGAGGGCACCUACCUGCCCUCCCAGGACGGGCAGCCCCUCUGGAUCCUGGGCAACGUUUUCCUCCAGGAAUAUUACACCGCCUUCGACAUGGCCAACAGCCGCGUGGGCUUCGCCCCGUCGGCCUAG